AUGGCCGGCAUGUGGUGCGCGGUAACCGGCGGCCGUGGGUUCAUGGCGAGGUACCUCGUGGCUACGCUGCUCCGCUCCGGCGACUGGCGCGUGCGCGUGGUCGACCUCGCCCCCACCGUGAUGCUUGGCGCCGGCGAGGCGGAGGAGCUCCUUGGAGCUGCCAUCCAGGAUGGCCGGGCUUCCUACAUCCAGGGCGACGUCCGUGACCUCGCGCAGAUCGCCAAAGCUUUUGAAGGGGUACACGUUGUUUUCCAUACGGCUGCUCCAGAUGCAAUUAACGAAAACUUCGAACUUCAUUACUCUGUCAAUGUUGAAGGAACAAAGAAUGUUGUUGAAGCUUGUAUCAUGUGCAAGGUCAAGAGGCUUAUAUACACCAGUUCUAGUGGUGUUGUAUUUGAUGGGGUUCAUGGCCUUUUUGAUGCUGAUGAAUCAAUGCCUUACCCAUUUAAGUUCGUCGAUGCCUAUACACAAACUAAGGCAGAAGGAGAGAAGAUAGUGAUGAAAGCUAAUGGCACAACAGGCCUUCUCACUUGUUGUAUACGUCCUGGCAAUAUUUUUGGGCCUGGUGGCAAAAAUAUACCAAUACUAGCAUCUUCAAGGAUAUGGAAGUUUAUGUUCAUUCUUGGUAACGGAAAGAACUAUGACGACUUUGUGUUUGUCGAAAAUGUUGCACAUAGUCAUAUAUGUGCAGAGAAAACUUUGUCUAGUGAGGAGGGUGCAAAGAUAGCUGGAGGGCAAACCUAUUUCAUAACAAAUAUGGAACCAGUAAAUAUGUGGGAUUUUGUAUCUCUGGUUCAGGAAUAUCUCGGAUAUAAAAGGUUGUUUUUUCUCUUCGAUAGACUGGUUCCAUAA